CACCAAUUGGGCUCACGGCGACUGGGGAGGUGGUCAAGCAGCCCGUUUGCUUCCGACCACCAUGCUGUCGAGAAAAAGCCAGACUUUGUGCAGAACUGUUGGUGCCAUCAAAUGCUUGCAUGAUGCCAAUGCCGCUCGAAGCGACAGCCGCAAUCGUGCACCAUGGCGGUGUUGCGAUUGACAUGUCCGUCGUCCCGCACCCACCUUGCUUGUGCCCCCUUGAAAAUCCCAUCCCGCAAGCACAUCCUGCCCGCUGCGAGCAUGAGUGUCGAAACGAAAGAGUUCCAUGUCUUUGUGUCCUACCGAGUCAAGUCCGAGGCGGCCCUGGCCGAGAAGCUCACGGACAAGUGUGAUGGAGAGGGGCUCUUCGCAGCGGCAGCAUGGACUCUGGACAAUGUGCGGGAACAGAACGUAGGGCAGCCGCCCGUUACGCUCCAACUCUUCUCGCUCACCGAGGCAGCCCAGGAAAAGCGAGAAGUGCGCAUCAAAGUCUUUCUCGACAAGCAGAAUCUGACCGCCGGCGAGCUCUACCAGACCCAGUUCCUGUCGUCGCUGAAGGGCAGCUGCCUGUUCCUGCCUCUGAUCUCGGAGGAAUGUCUGGAGCCGAUCUUGCGCAUGCAGGAAGGCUCGCUCGACAACGUCCUUCUCGAGUGGGAGACUGCCCUGGCGCUUCAGCAGGCCAGCCGCAUUGAAAUCAUCCCAAUUCUGAUCGGAAAGGCGGGCCCGACGGGGUACUCUCGCUUCAGCGCCUUCACCUUGCCCUUCCCGGCCGUCCCGAGCGGCUCCUGCAAGACCCGCACCGUGGCCGACACCAUCAAGCGCAUGUUUGAGAUCCAGGGCGUCUUCCUGGACCCUUCGGAUGUUACCGACAAGCUCUCGAUAAUUGUGGAGAGGCUCUCCAAGGACAUUUGGCCAAGAUUCCGCAACCAAUGGAAGGAUCAGAGCUCUCUCGGACCCGAGCCCGUCUUCAGCUGCGUUCAGUGCGGCAGUGACUACGUCGAGUCCCAGAACGGCGAGGGCGCCUGUCGAUUCCACAGCGGACUGGCUGGCUAUGGCGGUAACUCCUGCUGUGGAACGACUUCGACGGGAUGCCAGCGCUCCAAGCACACCAACCGCCAUCACAACCGUUUCAAGUACGAAGCAUUCUUCUCGUGGGUAAAUGCUCUCACGAGCUACACCGGUUCGACCGAGACAUUUUGCUCCGUCAUCGCCAGCGACUGGACUGACGACUCUGGACACAUUCGGAUUCAAUGCGGAUCGAUCACCGGCGAGCUGGUCGAGCACGGCAAGUUCUUUGUCUGGAUCACCGAAAGCUUUUCAACCGUGUUCUUCCUCGUGUUCUCCGAAAGGGACAUUGAGCAGUCCGACAUCCGAUAUCCGAUUGCCAACAUCGAGACAGCCCGUGGAUAUGUGGCGCGUGUGACUUGGGUGACGAACGAGCUCAAGGUCACCGGAGUCCGACUCGAAUGCAGCACGCCGUCGCUGCCGUGUCCAUUUGUAUCCGAGGUCUACUUUGCAUGGCCGCUUAGCGCAAGGGAUGACACCCCUGUCGUGAGCGAGGUGCGCGAGAUCUCCAAGCCAACGUUCGGCGAAGCCCGGCCCAGCAAGCCCUAUUCUAUCCCAGCCAGCUUGGAGAAGGGGCCGUCGAUGAAACUGCCGCGUCCUCGCACGGCACGCAAGUUUGAGCCAUGGCGAGACCACGGUUCAUCGAUCCGCCUCAAGAUCGGCGACACCCGCAGCACCUAUGACCGAGCCAAGCGCUGCGACGUCUACACCGUCAACAGCCUGACGCUGAUCAACCCGGGCAAGGAAGUGAUCGGAAUCCUCGACGUUGCGGCCUAUUGGCGCGUGGCAGACACUACCAUCGACCCGACUUUGAUCCUGGGCGAGGAUGGCGGCGAUCUUGCAGAGUGGAGACAGCUCGAAGGAGCACAGGUCGCUGCCUCGGUGACAAGCAACCAGUCGGCGCUUCCGUGUCAGGUUCCUGCGCGUGCGGCGCUGAAUCUCAAGGUUUCGUCGCUGGUUCCCUGCCAGAAGGACGCGCAGAAUGGCAACUUGUCUUGGAGCGUAAGAGGGUGGCAUCUGCGACACACCCCCAUCCUGAUCCACCUGGUCGUCGAGGACCUCGAGGGCUUCAGAUCCGGCAUCAUCGUGGAGUUCGUUUGCCCUCCGGUCACGUUCAACCCCAACCUAUCGCCGUCGACGCUGUGCUCGGUCGCUGUGAACGACAUGGUCGAAUGGAACCAAUACCGCGUCCAGCUGAAAAAGUACAGCUCCUACGAGAACUACGAGGAAUCGGUUCGAAGCAAUGCCGCCGACAUCCAGUACCCGGGUGCUCAGGACACCCUCUUCCAACUGAGCGCCGAAGGUGUGACCCGCGGACUCUCGACCGGCGAGCUGCGCCGGUACACUCUCCAGGCCAUUGCCGAGGGCAAGCAAGAGGUUCCGAUCCCCAGCAACACCAACCGACUGUCGCUCUUUGCCUUGGUCGACCACAACACUCGGAGUGUCUAUGCCGUCCGAGUCGAGGUGACAACUGACAGCAACCAGACGAUCGGCUUCCUCGCGCUUGCUCCCUACGGAGAUGCCCUGCUGCCCGAUGCACUGGUCAAAGAGCCGUCUGCGCCAAUUACCUACGACUACCACCAGGACCCGAGCUUCCGGGUCCAGAAUGUCGACAAGCUGAUCGAGUACACUGACCCGGUGCUCGGCCUGGUCGAAUCUCACUUGGCGAUUCGUGGGGCUGCCGAGCAACAAGACGCUGCCGAGCCGAAGCUGCUGUCUCCUGACGGAAGCGUCCCUGACUCGGUCCGACGAGCAAUCGAUGAGCAGAUCCAGCAGCAUAUCGAGGCGCUCGCGUCCAAACAGGAGCAGCUGGCCAGCCAGAAGCUUGGCGAGCUCGAGGUCCGGCUCCUGGCCGGCUUUGCCGAGAUCCUGCGCCAGCACGAGCACACCCAGGGCCGCCACAACCUCGAGCAAGACGUGCUCAUCAGCAAGUUCCAGACCAUGCUCAGGGCUGAGCUGGCGCAACACCGACCGACCGGCAGUCAGGAGCCUCGUGCUGCACAUUCCGAUCUUGAACGCGGCUCCCAGCCGACCGAACGUCGAGAGAAAGACAGGUCCACGAGCGAAUGCGUCGUGUGCUGAGUGCCGCAUUGAGUGCCGCAUUGAGUAUCGAAUUGUGUGUCGCAUUGAGUGUCGGGUCAGAUGCAGCGAGGUUUCGUCAGUACACUGUAUUCAGGGAGAAAUAGGACACGCAUUUAUCGGCGUAGCAUGCGAUGGCAUGCGUCUAACUAUGCCAUGUGCAAUAAAACAGAUCACCUCCGAGUGAAGACCGCUG